CCUUCAAUUUCUCUCCAAUAUCAAGAUGAAAUUUGGCACAUCAUUCCUUCUCGUUGCCACCAUCUCAAUGAUCUUCGCAGUAGUAAAAGCUGAGGAUGCUGCUCCUGCUGUCGUAGAAGCAUCACCAGCUCCAGUUGAACCUGCUGUGACUGGUGCAGUUGCUGGAGGAGAUGGAAAUAAAGAAGCUGGAGAAGAAAUUACCGGAAAAUCUGCUGGAGGAUCUGCUGUCGAUGUAUCUACUGUUGUCCCAGUCCAUUCAUCAGAUAUUCCUGCUUCAUCUCCAACUAUCGAAACAACUACAAAAAGCUCAACAACUUUCUCAGCUCAACUUCUCGCCGUCGCCGUCCUUGUCCUACAUGCUGUUAGAUAUUGAAUGAUAACUUAAUUUAUAUUUAAUUAUUUUAUCGUUCCCUCUCUCUCUCCCACCCCUCUGUUAUCAUAAAAAAUCAUAAGUUCGUCACAUCCAUACUUUUCUCUAAAUUUAACUCAAACUAUAUGCAUAUACAUCAUGUUCUACUACUUUCCGUAUCUAACCUAUUUUUUCAGUUUAUUUUUAAUAAUAAAUUCGAGAAUAG